GGAUAGCCCAAGCCCAACGGAGCCCUCCUCCGGUCCUCUCACCCCGUCCCGAAGAAGCAAGGAAAGGGGAAGGAAACGGCAAACCCUCCGCCGCCCUCCCGCACCUCCCCCAGCUCGCCGCACCGCCUUCCCUCGCGAGUCCUAACACGCCGCGGCCGUCGCCCGAUUCUGAAGAACCGUCCUGGUCCGGCUCUUCCCCGUCCGUCGUUUGCGUGUUCCCCUCCUGCUCGGAUCCUGAGAAGGAUUUUGCGACCUCCACGGCGGUGGCGCUCCUGCUGACGCCGGCGCGAUUCGAUUCAAUUCUCCGCCGGAUCCUCCCGUAACUAAGCAGCAGUACGUUCUAGGGUUGCGCGCGUCUCGAUCUGUAUAUGGAGAAGCAGCCGUAUCAUAUUUUUAUUUUUUAGCUAUUUUUUCUCUCUUCUUGUUCUGGGGCCUGCUCCCGGGUUCUUGGUUUGUUAAUGUCAAGUGAGAAACCGACCAUACUCAGACAUUGUUCCUGCGCGCAUCCUGUUAAUUCAAUAAUCAUUCUUCAUUCUGACACCCUAGAGUAAGAGAGAAGGAAAACUAAGUGUUGAGGCAGUGAAGGGGGGGAAGAACAAUUUAUACAUUUAGGAAAACUAAGGUAGUGAGUGAGGAGAAUCUGUAAUCCUUUGAGAUUGUGUGUUAGAAGGAGGGUUUGUGAGGGUUGAAUUGUGGAAUGUCGAAGGUGAAGAACAGUAAUGGUUAUCUUGGCGUCACCGAGCCGAUCUCACUGAGUGGACCGACUGAGAAGGAUCUUAAGCAAACUGCUGAGGUCGAAAAGUACCUUUCAGACGCAGGCCUGUAUGAGAGCCAAGAGGAAGCUGUCUCGCGAGAAGAGGUUUUAGGCAAGCUGGACCAGACUGUGAAAGCGUGGAUUAAGAAGGCUACCAGGAUCAGUGGGUAUGGAGAGCAAUUUGUGCAUGAAGCGAAUGCAAAGAUCUUUACGUUUGGUUCAUACCGUCUUGGGGUACAUGGUCCUGGUGCAGACAUUGAUACACUAUGUGUUGGUCCAAGACAUGCAACUCGAAAUGAGUACUUCUUCACGUGGCUUCACGAUAUGCUAGCUGAGAUGCCAGAAGUUUCGGAGCUACAUCCAGUACCAGAUGCUCAUGUGCCUGUUCUGGGAUUCAAAAUUAAUGGGGUCUCUAUUGACCUUCUGUAUGCUAACCUUGCUCAUGCAGUGAUUCCUGAGGACCUAGAUCUUUCUCAGGACUCGAUACUGCAUAAUGUUGAUGAACAGACUGUUCGUAGUCUAAAUGGGUGUCGGGUUACUGAUCAAAUUUUAAAGUUGGUUCCAAACAUUCCGAGUUUUCGCACAACCUUAAGAUUCAUAAGAUAUUGGGGAAAGCGCCGCGGAGUUUACUCAAACGUUAUGGGAUUUCUAGGUGGUAUAAACUGGGCAAUUCUUGUUGGUCGCAUCUGUCAACUGUACCCAAAUGCAUCACCUAGCAUGUUGAUAUCUCGUUUUUUCCGAGUCUACAGCAAGUGGAAGUGGCCUAAUCCUGUUAUGCUUUGCCAUAUUGAGGAGGGUCCUCUUGGUCUCCCUGUGUGGGAUCCAAGAAGAAACUACAGAGACAGGGGCCAUCAAAUGCCUAUUAUUACACCUGCUUACCCUUGCAUGAAUUCCAGCUAUAAUGUAUCUGUUAGUACUAGGCAUGUGAUGAUCCAAGAAUUCACACGAGCGUUUGAGAUUUGCCAGGCCAUUGAUGAAGGAAAAGCAGACUGGGAUGCAUUGUUUGAGCCAUAUCCAUUUUUUGAAUCAUAUAAAAAUUAUCUAGAAGUUAAUAUCACAGCGAGAAAUGAAGGUGACCUCAGGAAUUGGAAAGGCUGGGUGGAAUCUCGCCUUCGCACUCUUGUAUUAAAGAUUGAACGAUAUUCACAUGAGAUGAUCCUCGCACAUCCGUAUCCCAGAGAUUUUUCAGACAAAUCAAGACCACUACAUUGCUUUUACUUCAUGGGUCUUUGGAGAAAACAGACAGCCCAAGCUCAAGAAGCUGAGCAAUUCGACAUCAGGGGAAUCGUAAAUGAGUUCAAGAGCAAUAUUUGUGCGUAUCAACAUUGGAAAGAAGGAAUGGAUAUUGAAGUAUCCCAUGUAAAAAGAAGAGAUAUCCCUUUGUUUGUUUUUCCUGGUGGAGUGCGUCCUCGUUCUUCUAGAACAGCACACAAGAACAAUCGUACUGUUCCAGCUUGUGAUGUUUCAGCUGGUCAGGUAGGAAAUGUAUUGGGCACUGUCAGUAUUAGUGAUGUUCAGCCUCUACCGUAUAAAGGCAGCUAUACGAAACCAGAACCAGAUUAUUCUGGCUGCGUUCAGUUGCCGGGAAGCACUUCUGUGUUGCCCACUAGUUUACCAAAUAAAGAAGCUUUGAAUGGCCAUGCUAAUUUUCAUGCAGAAUCUGUUGAGCGUGAACAUCCAGAACACCAUCAGGAAAGUACAUUCGCUCCUGUUCAGAAUGAUGUGUGCCAUGUAGUCAAGCAACAUAACAGUUUGCUGCCUAAUUCAAACAAUGGUUUGCAAUCAUAUGGGUUUGGUUCCUCUCUUAACAGUUCACAAAGAGAAUGUGCAGACAGUGCUGCAAACAACUUGCUGAGUUUGUCGCCUGCUAUUCCAGCCGCAUCUGAUGAACUUGAUGAGCUGACAUCUUAUCAUCAAGUUAAAGAUAAUCAGAAAGCUGUAAAUGCUAAUCAGAGGCCAUCUUUGGAGGGGUGUUCUGAAGAUAACUUGGAACAAACAUCCUCUGUGAAGCCCCAAGAUUCUAAUCUUCUUAAGCGCAAAGCCAAUGAAGAGCUUGAGCCACUUGAGCUUGCUGCCCCAUCAGUUGGAGCUGUUCCUGCAUCGACGACCACUGCCCCAAGAAAACCACUUAGAUUGAGGUUGACGACUUUGGCAAAACCGAAGCCACCUGAAGGAAGUUCCUGAAUCCAAUUGCUCAGGAGCCGACAUGCGGAGAAGAUGUGUUUUUCCUUGUAUUGAAGCAAAGUUUCUGUGGAAGCACAGGGCUGUGAAUGAGUGCAAUUGGAGUAAUUUGUGUAUAGUCUUUAGUUGAGUUGUUAGCAUAGAUGUACUACUUUGCUAUGCUUGUGGUGCAAUGGAACUGACAAAUGAUGUGAAACCGCAAUGGUUAUCAUCUUUGUGCGUUCUGUUUCUCGGUUAAUUUGAAGUAUAUAAAACUUAUCAAUUUAUCA